AUGCGCUAUGCUAACAGUCUGUUGUCGCCUGUCGGUGACCGGCGUUGUUAUCGAAAACAUGGAGACUUAGACUGCCAUUCUCAAACUCAGUAUCAUAAGUUGGCAAUAGUUAAAAGUGAAUCAUUUAUUCAAGUAUAUAAAAAUCCAUCUUAUGAUAUUCGGAAUCAGGUUGAAACUUCACGUAAACAACAGGCUAUUGAAAAUAGAGAAAGACUUGUUCCAAUAAUAAAAACUUUAAUUUUACAUGGACAACAGAAUAUACCUAUAAGAGGCCAUCGUGAUGAUGGUUCAUUACUUAAUACAAAUAAUAGUCCUGUUGCAACUGAAGGAAAUUUUCGUUCAUUACUAAGAUUCCGAAUAGAUAGUGGGGAUAAAGUUUUGGAAAAUCAUUUAAUGACAGCUAAAAAUAAUGCUACUUAUAUUAAAUACAUAAGGCAAAAUAUUACUGUUUUAUUUGAUAAAACAACUGAUGUAUCUCACAUAUCCCAACUUAGUAUAUCAAUUAGAUAUAUUUAUGAAAAUACAGUCAGAGAAAAUUUUAUUGGUUUUGUUGAUCUUCAUAAGGACAAUUAUAGUGCAGAUGCUCUUGAUUUUGAUACAGAUAAUGAAAGUAACACAUUAGAUUUACAACAGUCAGAACCAACUAUUACAGGAGAAAUACUUGGUUCAACAGUUGUAAAAAAGUUGAAAAGUGUGGGACUAGAUUUAAAAUUAUGUGUAGGAAUCGGUUGUGAUGGUUGCAGUGUUAAUAUGUCGACAAUAUGUGGAGCAGCAAUUACUAUACAAAAAUCUGCCAAGAAUGCUUUAAUAUGUCCGUGUUUAAAUCAUUCAUUGAAUAAUAAUUUAUCUAGAUCAAAUAAGAUUCAAAGUGUAAGAAACGCUAUUGGAACUAUACAAGAAAUAAUAAGGUUUUUCAAUGUUUCAGCUAAAAGAAAUUUUAUUUUAAAAAAACAUUUAGGGUAUCAGCUGACUAGUCACUGCAUAACUCGCUGGAUUGAGAGACAUGAUUCUGUAUUACAAUUUAUAAAUGACCUUCCAAUUAUAUUGAAAAGUUUAACUGAAAUUUCUACAUGGUAUGAUAUAUCUACUUCAUCAAAAGCCAAUUCAUUGUGUAAAACUAUACAAGACAGUGAAUUUGUUAUGUGUAUUUUCUCUUUAAAUGACAUAAUGUGUCUAACACGACCUUUAAGUAUAUUACUCCAAACUAAAAAUUUAGACCUUUUUUCUGCUACUACUAAAAUAAAAGAACUUAGAGAAGUACUAAGUACAAAACGAAACGAUGCAAAUCAGUGCUUUAAUAUUAUAUAUAAUAAUGUUGUUGAAAUGAUGUCAAAAUUAGGCACUGAACUAAAACUUCCAAGGACUACUAAAAGGCAGACUUACAGAAAUAAUAUUGAAGUCAACCCAGAAGACAGUCAAGGUUACUGGAGAAUAUCAAUUUAUAUUCCUAUUUUAGAUGAAGUAAUAAAAGAUUUUGAUAAUAGGUUUUCUAGUGAUAAUAUGCAAUGCUUUAAUUUUAAUUUUUUGAUGCCAUUGAAUCUCAUGAAAUGUUUCAAAAACACUGAACAGUUAAAUCAAUCAAUUAAAGACAUUUUUAAUCAAUAUAGUGAGUUAUUUGGUGAAUCUAUAUUUUCUAUUGAACAAAAACUAAAAGGAGAAUUAAAUCUAUUUGAAAAUAAAUUAAAAUCAGAUACUGACCUCACAACUAUAACAUCAGCUAUAACAUUUCUAGACAAGCUUGAUUGUGACUAUUUUCCAGUAUUUUCUUUAUUUAUUAAAAUUCUAAUCACUCUCCCAAUAUCUAUUGCUACAGCAGAAAGAAGCUUUUCUUCUCUACGUUUACUAAAAACAUGA